AUGGCCGCCGACGACGCCGAUGUCGGGGAGAAGCGGCCGCGCGAGCCCGACGGCUCCGAAGAGUCGGACGAUGAGCGGCCGUCGACCAAGCAAAGACAGUCGAAGGUGGUCCGCCGCGGCAACGAGUGCCCGUACAUCGACACCGUGUCGCGGCAAAACCUCGACUUCGACUUCGAGAAGUGCUGCAGCGUCACGCUCUCGCGCGUGAACGUCUACUGCUGCCUCGUGUGCGGCCACUACUACCAAGGCAGAGGCCGCGCGACGCCCGCGUACACGCACGCGCUCGAGGACGACCACCACAUGUUCAUGAAGCUCGAGUCCGGCGACGUCUGGUGCCUCCCCGACGGCUAUCAGGUCGUGGACCGCUCCCUGGACGACAUUCGCGCCGUCCUGGACCCCGCCUUCACGGCGCAGGAGCUCGCCAAAGCCGACUCCGAGCUCCGCUGGCGGCGCGCGCUCGACGGCUCGGACUACAUGCCCGGGCUCAUCGGCCUGAACAACAUGCGCGCCAACGACUACGCGAACGUCGUCGUGCAGGCCCUCAACCGCUGCACGCCGCUACGCAACUUCUUCCUGCGCCGCGAGAAGUACGCGCACUGCAAGUCGCUGGUCGUGCAGCGCUUCGGGGAGCUCGUGCGGAAGAUGUGGAACCCGCGCGCGUUCAAGGGCCAGGUCUCCCCGCACGAGUUCAUGCACGCCAUCAUGGACGCCACGAGCAAACGGUUCGUGAUCGACCUCCAGAGCGACCCGGUGGACCUCGUGCAGUGGCUGCUCAACACGCUGCACCUCGAACUCACGGGCGGCAAGCGGAAAAAGCGGUCCGUGAUCUCGGACAACCUCCAGGGGGAGCUGGAGGUGACCACCGAGGCCGGCACGGGCACGGGGGAGGCGGCAACGUCGGCCACGGACGUCGUGCGCCGUGUGCCGUUCCUGACGCUCGGGCUCGACCUGCCCCCGGCGCCGCUGUUCAAGGACGUCAUGGAGGAGAACAUCAUCCCGCAGGUCAUGCUCUCGAGCCUCCUGGCGAAGUACGACGGCGGGACCGUGACCGAGGACGUCAACGGAGGGCGCCGGCGGUUCCGCAUCACGAAGCUGCCGCCGUGCGUGAUCAUGCACGUCAAGCGCUUCAGCCGCAGCCAGUUCCUCCUCGAGAAGAACCCGACCGUCGUGAACUACCCCGCGCGCGAGUUCAACAUUGGCGCCGCCGUCCCCGUGCCGCCCGAGGCGCAAGACGCCAAGUACGACCUGGCGGCGACGAUCGUGCACGAGGGCAGCACGCGCAUGCAGGCGCGGCCGGACGUGCGGGCGAUGCCGGGCCUGUGGAGCGCGUACGUGCACCGGCGCAGUGAGGACCUCUGGUACGCCGUACAGGACCUGGCGGUGACGGAGGUGCUCCCGCAGCAGGUCGUGCUCGCGGAGACGUACGUCUGCCUGUGGGAGCGCAACGAGGGGAAGAAGGAAACCGCCGAGAAACAGCCGCAGCCUGGCCGGUGA